AUGUAUGAUCAGACAAAUGCCUUUAAUCCUAGACACUUUAGUAUAGUGGAUAAUGGUUUCUCAACUAAUAAUAAACCUAAAAAUGUUUAUCUGGAAGGAGCUUUACCUUUUUAUAAAACUCAAGGUAUUACUAAGGUGGCUCCAACACCUGAUCCUUAUCCAUAUCACCACGAAUCGGAAAAACCGACUAUAAUAACGGCUUUUCAUGACGGGAAAAGCAGAAUUUUUGAAUCCAUAAAACCAAUGUUUUUGGUUUUGCGAACAAUGGGAAUAUUUCCUGUGAGACAAGUAUCAGACACCUUCGAUGUGCCUAUGAUUUGGAUCAUUUAUUCUGUACUCAUUUUAUUACUUAUUAUAGCAUACAUUGGCUACUUGAAGUUCAUCAAAGUUAAGAUUAUUCGGAGCGCCGAGGGUCGUUUCGAAGAAGCAGUGAUUGACUACUUGUUUACCGUUUAUUUGAUCCCGAUCGUGAUCAGUCCUAUAGCCUUGUACGAGGCCAAAAAACAAGCCAACGUUUUGACGCACAUGAUGGCUUUUGAAAAAAUCUACAACAAGAUUUCGAAGAAGCAACUAGAAUUGAAUUUGAAGAAAAAGAGUUUGUUGUUGACUCUGGCUUUGCCAUCGUUUGGAGUUGGUAUUAUGGUCAUUACGCAUUUGACCAUGGCUAAUUUUAGUGCGUUUCAGGUGGUUCCGUAUUGUUACAUCAACAUUCUGACCUACAUCGUAGGCGGCGCUUGGUACAUCUACUGUGACGUAAUUGGAAAGGUAGCCACGGUCGUGGCUGAGGAUUUCCAACAGGCUCUGAAGAACAUCGGCUCUUCGACCAGAGUGGCCGAUUACAGGUCCAUGUGGAUGAUGUUAAGCAGAAUCAUUCGAAACGUGGGCAACUCCUUCGGUUACGUGCUGACGUUUCUCUGUCUGUACCUGUUCUUCGUCAUCACUCUGACUAUUUACGGUCUGUUCUCGCAGAUACAAGAAGGGAUGGGUUUCAAAGAUAUCGGUUUGACUAUUACGGCAGUGUCUGCAGUCACUUUGUUAUAUUUUAUAUGCGACGAAGCUCAUUACGCUUCGGCUUGUGUUCGGACGUAUUUUCAGAAAAAGAUUUUACUCGUAGAACUGUCAUGGUUGAAUGAGGAUUCCCAACAAGAAAUUAACAUGUUUCUGAGAGCUACAGAAAUGAAUCCGACUGAUAUGUGUCUAUGCGGAUUCUUUGACGUCAAUAGAAAUUUGUUUAAAUCACUUUUAGCGACAAUGGUCACAUAUCUCGUGGUUCUUCUACAAUUCCAAAUAAGCAUACCAGAAGACACGGCUGAUAUGGUCGCCAACAAUUCAACAAUAUUGCCAAACAAAACGGCAACUCAGUAGUAAUUUACAGUUUAUUUUUUUUUCU